AUGCAAUUACUUGACGGACAAAGAAGAACGAAUCACAAUGACUAUCGCAACCUAGUUGAACUCCAGUGCGUCACUAUAACAAGAGACGACGUUUUCAAGGCAUCAGAUUUGCAAGGAAUGCUUUGUGGCAAUACUAUCGAACUACAGACAACAGUACAUGUUAGGAAGAAUGCAACUCAGGCAGCUAAAAAACUUUGUGAUGUUUAUGGACAUGAUGCUGUAUCAAUACGUGUUGCACAAAGCUGGUUCAAGCGUUUUCAAUCUGGAAAUUUUAACGUCAAAGAUACACCUCGCUCUGGUCGACCGAUCACUGAAAAAGUCGAUGAAAUUAUGGAAAUAAUUGAACAAGACCGGCAUAUUAGCAGUCACGAAAUCGGUAAGCAACUGAACAUCGACCACAAAACAGUUUUAAACCAUUUGCAGAAAGCUGGAUACAAAAAAAAGCUCGAUGUUUGGAUGCCACAUGAUUUAACAGUCAAAAAUUUAAUGGAUCGAUUUUCUAUCUGCGAAUCAUUGUUAAAACGAAACGACAUCGAACCAUUUUUGAAACGGCUCAUAACAGGCGAUGAAAAAUGGAUCACGUAUGACAAUAAUGUACGAAAAAGAUCGUGGACAAAGCGAAAUGAAGUUCCGCAAACUGUGGCAAAGCCAAAAUUGACGCCAAGAAAAGUGAUGCUGAGUGUGUGGUGGGAUUACAAAGGAAUCGUUCACUACGAGCUGCUGCCGUCCGGUCAAACAAUUGAUUCUAACCUUUACUAUCAACAAUUGGAAAGAUUACGCCAGGCAAUUGAGAAAACGCGACCAGAAUUGAUCAAUAGGAAAGGCGUCGUCUUUCAUCACGACAACGCGAGACCUCAUGUAUCUAUAGCGACUCGUCAAAAAUUAAGAGAACUUGGCUGGGAAGUUUUGAUGCACCCACCUUAUAGUCCUGACCUUGCACCAUCAGACUACCAUUUAUUUCGAUCUCUACAGAACUCUCUUAAUGAAAAUCCGGACGACGGAACUGAAAACAACCUCCUAGGCGGCCGACUGGGAAAUGAAGAGGAUUCCGAAAAAGACGAGGAUACGGCCUGGCCAGCCGGUUCCGUCUACAAGGAUCAGAACUACCGUCAGAUACCGUCGCACAUGGAUCCUGGGCCCCUGCGCAAGGGCAAUGCCGUCCUACAGCUGUGA